AUGACCCGCCGCUUCCACCUGAGAUCGUCCUCGGACUGGAGCCUGCCGGAAGAGCUCGUCCUGCGGGCCGCAGUCGAAGUCUGCGGAACCAAUCAGUGGCGCCGAAUAGCUUCACUCUUGCCAGGGAAAACUGCUCUACAGUGUCAGGAGCACUUUUACAGUUCUGCUGAUCCAAGCUUGAAAGGCGGAGGGAACUGGACCGUCCAGGAAGACCGGCUGCUGCUUCAGGUGGGGCGCUCGCUGGUUGGGCAGUGGCAAACCGUUGCGCUUCUGCUGCCGGGCCGAACAGCAGACGCUUGUGCACAACGCUUUGCGGAACUGACGAGAGUGCUCGACGCAAGCUCUCAGCAAAAAGAGAGCCUACCAAGUCCAGGACGAGAGCCGGCUUCAGUGCCUGUCGAGCAAGUAUCCGGCUUGUCGGCACCAGCGCGAGACACGUCCGCACUGUGUCCACUGCCCAGGUGCGAAAGCCGCUCAGCGACUGGAAGGGGCGUCACGCUAUCAGUGUCCGAUGAAGAGUUGCUGCGACAAGCAUCUGUGCGCCUUUACGGGGAUCCGCGGAAGCUCAUUGAAAGGUUUUUGGAGACACCAUCAACAUCGGAGCAAGGUACAGCACCAGCGUCCACUAUUAUCGCUGACGAUGACGCAUGCGAUGCGUCAUCCAUUCUAUUCGAUGAAGAGCACAAACGCGUGCAGCUCUGUUUAGAGUUGCUGACUUCGCAGGCCCUGCACCAGAGACAUCAGCUCUCGAAGCGAUCAGCUGUGUCGUGCUGGGAUCCGGCGGUCUGCGCUCGGUUGCUCGACGAUCCAGCGUUCCGGAAACGAAUGCGCUCACUGGAGCAAGCACUUUGCCAGACAGCGUCGACCUGUGCACGUCCCGAGAAUCCCGGCACACCAGCGUGGAAUGCUCAGUGGCUUGAGCUCCCGGUAGCGAUCAGCGGCGCUGAUGUAGAGCGGGCGUAUCUGGAGACGGAGCGCGAGCUCCAGCAGCAAGCAGCACAACAUGCCAACGUGUCCGCUGGACACUGCCGAGGAUCCCGUGCCCUGCCCGUAGCCGCGGAACACCGCCGCCACCGAGCAGAAACACUUAUUCGGGAAGCGGUGCGGGAGCUAUUACCCGCGGAUACGCAUGUCGCAGUCAAGGCGAUACCGUUGAUUGCUCCAAGCGCGGAGACAGAGGCGCUCAUAGCCGAGGCGCUCGCCACAGAGGAUUUCCAAAAAUGGUACACCAUUGUCCAAGCGGCUUCGAGUGCGCCACUGGCAUCGACCGAUGUGCCGUCUCGGGAGCGAACGUGA